UCAGGAAGGCAGUUCGCCUGACAGGCUACUAUUAAAAGAAAGGAUAACGUUGGGAUGUCCCAUACGUCGUCUAAGAAUUCCCGCAGGAACAUAUCUCUGGGUAAUACGACAUUUCCUUGCUAUGUUACCGAAACCCUUAAUGUAUAGAGAGAGAAAGGAUUAUUGGAUAAAAUUAUCCGAUAUGUGCAAAACUUGGCUUGAAACUAAAUCAUUUUCUGCUUAUACGUCAAAAGAAUUAGUACAACAAAUAUCACAAACAAUGAUGACUUUACCUGAAUACAACCAGAUUAUGAGCUUCUACCUCUUCGAUUUCCUUCGACAACUUUCCCUACUGUCGGAAACUUAUCCAGUAGCAAAAAGAUUUAACAAGGGAACCGCUCUUACUUUAUCUAGAUAUUUUGCUAGAUAUUUGUUUCAAAAGAUGUCCAAUUUUGACCACAGGACCGAAAAACGUUACUAUUUUGUUGUAAUUUUCAUUAUAACGAAAUGGAGUGAAAUUAGCACAGAAUUUGUGACACACAAUUCGACUUGUCACAUGUUUUUGCAAACCAAAACGUCGAGCAUAAAAACGAAAGUGUUAUUUUUUGAACGUCGUAAACCGCGUAAUGAAACAAACGACUUUACAAUUGUAAAUUUGGACAGAAAACCGUUGACUUUCAACAAGAUUAGAACUAGAAACUCCAUUAGCUCCCAGACUGAUGUUUGUCUCUGCGACUUUGAUUCUGAGUUUUCCGAAUUGGCAUCAUUAAAAAAUUUCCAAAACGACUACCUAAAGGAUUUUGGUUGCCAAACAGAACCUUAUAACGAUAAAUCUUUAAGAAUAAGGGGGUGCUGUUGGUGUUGUGAAAAUGGAAGAAAAUUUAAUGAUGAAAAUGAACUGCAAGCAGGUUUAAUCGACGACUUCUCUCAAACAGACGUGGACGAUUUUGUUAACGAAGGACAUGAGACGAGAAGCUUUUGUGAUGGAAGCAAAUUUUAUACAGCUCUAAGCGGCUCAUUUUUCCCUGGAUGGAGAUUGCCACAAAUUGAUACUGGAAUAAAGAAGACCGAAACAAUUUUCGAAAAUUUACAACCGUACAGCUCGAGUCUUACCAGUUUUCAUUCGCAAUCCAACGAAAAUAGUUCAAUUGCAGACGAUUCAAUAAUGUCUUCAAUCCCUGCUUUGAUUGACGAAAACCUGACGAACAAUUACCCCGGUUUUUGCGAAAAUGUCCAAACGCAGUCUAGUCCAAAAAGGCUUUAUCCUGAUCUCCAAACAUUUAAUCCAUUGACAAAAGAAGAACCAUCGAAAAAUGAAAUAUUGGAUAAAAUACAAUCUAUUGGGUGGACGUAUUCGCCCCAAUUCAAAAAUAAUGAGAAAGUUUGUGACACACUUUCAGUAAAUCAGAAUAAAUCAAAAGAUUUUCUACGAUAUCGUUUGAAUUUUGACAAGUUUUCAAAAGAAGAACCCAUUGAGGAAAUUAUCGAAGAAGAGGAAAAUUUCUACCCUCCUAGAACAUACUCCGAUGACGCUGUAGUUUCCAAAUCAAAGAAGAAGGUCCUGAAACUUGGAAAAGUAAAGCUCAAUCUAUCAAUAGUUAAUUUUUUCAAACUAAAAAAGUCGGUAAGCUUUCACCAAGUUGGAUCAAAUGUUAAAUAUAAAAAGAUGUAAAACAAAUGAUUAACACUGUA